AAAAUCCAGGCCGUUUGAUGCAUCGAACGGCCUGGAUUCUUCAAAGAACCAACGGUUGAGAAGAAUUCCCAAGUGUUCGUUUUUCUUAUCACCUUUGUCCAUCUCGGACCAAUCUAGACCCUCUCUCUGGGAGCCUUUUUGGUGAGCAGAGAUCUGAUGAUUUCAGUUGAUCAAUGGAAGACCGAACUUCCCAGUCUGCCCCUGGACCCCAUCCUGACGACCGAGUCAAGCUCAACGUAGGCGGCAAGCUCUUCGAGACCACUCUAUCGACCGUCCGGUCAGGCGGUCCUGAUUCACUCCUUGCGGUCCUUUCGGACCGCCCGACCCACGAUCCCAACCCGGUUUUCAUAGACCGAGACCCUGAGAUCUUCUCGGUCCUCCUUUCUCUACUUCGAUCGAAUCGCCUCCCCUCCACAGCUCGCCGAUUCUCCAAGCAAGAACUUGCCGAUGAGGCCCUCUACUACGGCAUCGAGUCGCGCCUUAAGUCGGCGAUGUCGCCACCUUCCUUCUCCGGGAUCGACGCUUCCGUCGUCGCCACCAUCCGUCCAGCCUCCGACGGCCUUCCCUCGGCGUUCACGGCAGCCUCCGACGACGGCUCCGUCUGGAUCGCCCAUGGCGGUCAGAUCUCCAGCUACGACUGGAAUCUCAUCCCCGCCUCGACUAUCCGGACUCACUUGGAAGAUAUCACCUCGAUCCGCCGGAUUUGGCCGGACAUCGCCGCCGUAGGAUCCGAAUCCGCCGCCGGUCUCCACUUCUACGAUAUCUCGGGCGGCCGCCACGUCGGUUCGACUCACUGGAGCGAUCCCUCUGAUCCGCGCAUCUACAAAGCCCAAGUCACCGCGAUUUCUGACUCACUGAGUUCAGUCUUCGCCUCGUUCGAUUGUCCGCAUAGAGAGAAUUGCGUCCUAGUUAUCGACAAAUCCACUCUCCAGAUUGCUUCGGAGCUCGGCCGGCAGUCCGGCGGCUCGGCAAAGAGCAUGGUCCCCGGGAAGCUGACGUGGCUUCCGGAGAGAGGCGUGCUCGUCGCAAGCUCAGUCACGAGCGGGGCGUUCGGGUGCUCAGGGUACAUCAGAUUGUGGGACCCGAGGUCUGGAGAGGUGGUUUGGGAGACGAUCGAGCCAGGUUCGGGGCGGAGCAGUAGGUUCGGGGACUCGUUCGCUGACGUCGACGUGGACGUGGACGAGUGGACCCUGUUCAAGAUAUGUUCGAAGUCGGGCGAUUUAGCAAUGGCAGACGUGCGUAAUUUAGGAGAUGAUCCGUGGGUGUAUUUGAACGACAAGAACCCAAGCAUGAUUAACAGGAGUGAAGGUGGUGGCGAUAGUGUAAUUCACUGUUACAAGAAGCAAGCGUUUGUGGGGAGAGAGGGAGGCUUGGAGGUUUGGUCCAGAGUGGAAGGAAGUGAAAAUCGAGUGGAGGGAGAGAGUGGGGUUUGUGAGGGUUUGUAUAGGAGGAAUUUUGUUGACAAGUUGAAGGAUUCUGAGAGAGGGAUUAUAAAGAAAAUUGAAGGUGGUGGGAACAGGUUGUUUGUUAGUAGAGAAAAUGCUGAAGGAAUUGAAGUCUGGGAAAGCUCUAAUUCUUCUGCUGCUGUUUUAAUCACGUGACUGUUAUAGGGAUUGUUUUAGGUAUAGGAGAAUUUGGGUCCUAAUGAGGAAUAAGAUCAUCACUAAUUUUGAUACCCAAUUGCUAGCAAUUAGGGGGCAUGGGACUCACCUGUCCAAGAGUAACCCGCCCACUUAUUGGAAUGGUUUCCAAUUAGGGUUUUUUCUACUAUUUUGUAAGAGAUAUGUUAUACAUCAUUUUCUCAACCA